AUGACUUCGGGACCGAAUUACUCGAUGGCAUCGCUAUAUGUCGGCGAUUUGUCGGCUAAUGUGACCGAAGCCAUGCUCUUCGAGAAGUUUUCGACAAUAGGUCCGGUGCUGUCGAUCCGCGUUUGUCGAGAUCUGCUGACCCGUCGCUCUUUGGGUUACGCUUACGUCAACUUUCAAGAGGUCUCCGACGCGGAGAAAACCAUCGAUCGGAUGAACUUCGAUGUAUUGAAGGACAGGCCGUUGCGGAUAAUGUGGUCACAACGCGACCCAUCGCUCAGGAAGUCAGGCGUCGGCAAUGUCUUCAUCAAGAAUUUGGACAAAUCUAUCGAUAAUAGCGUUAUGUUUGACACGUUCUCGACGUUCGGCAAAAUCCUGUCGUGUAAAGUGGCCCAAGACUUGCACGGACUCAGCAAAGGGUACGGCUUUGUCCACUUCGCCACCGAAGAAGCGGCUAAUAAUGCCAUCAAUAAAGUGAAUGGAAUGCUAUUAAACGGCAAAAAAGUAUUUGUCGGCAAAUUUGUGCCGAAGUCUGAGCGCCAGAACUCGCCGUUCGCUGAGAAGAGCAAACACUUCACUAAUGUUUACGUCAAAUACCUGACCGACGAUUACGACAAUCAAAAGCUGUGCCAACUCUUUGAAAGUUUCGGCAAAAUAGUGUCCGCGAAAGUGAUGGUCGACGAGAAGACAGGGAAGAGUCGCUGCUUUGGAUUCGUGUCGUUCGAGAGCCCGGAAUCGGCGCACAAUUGUAUCCAAGAAUUGAACGGAAAGAAAGAGAUGUCAAACGGAAGGACGCUUUACGUGAGUCGGGCCCAGAAGAAGGCCGAGAGAAUGCAAGAACUCAAGAAACGAUUCGACGAAUUAAGACAAAAGCGCAUCAAUCGAUACAAAGGAAUCAAUCUAUACGUCAAGAAUCUCGAGGAAUCCACUGAUGACAAGCGUCUGAUCCAAGAGUUCUCCGCUUUCGGGACAAUAAGUUCGGCGAAAGUCAUGUGCGAUCCAAACACUGGCCGUUCGCUUGGAUUCGGUUUCGUGUGCUUUUCAAAGCCAGAAGAGUCGCAAAAGGCUAUCAACGAAAUGAAUAACAGAAUUAUAGACACAAAACCAUUGUAUGUAUCGUUCGCUCAGAGCAAAGAGGAACGGAAAGCAUUCCUGAGCCAACAGUUCACCAAACAAAGCAACGCUCCGAUGAGAGGACACCCGAUGCCGAGCCAUCCGCCGCCACCGAUGGUGACUCAUCCACACCUCAUACCAGCGGCCGCUGCCAUGGCUUACGCGGCAAAUCCGGCCCUCGCUAUGAACGCGUUGGGCGCUCACGGCUUGCCCUCACAUUCGUGGACCGAUUUCCGGCGCAAUCGGCGCUUAAAGUUUUACUAA